AUGAGCACACAAGACUUCGUGACCGUCAGGUCUCUUUUGCCGACCAUCCCGCUUCCACGGAAUAAGGACCGACCAGAUAUCAUAACGAGUCGAUUGGUCAUCCGUGCUCUCAGAUCAAGUGACCUGGAAGCAUUACAUUCUCUGCGCAUUCAAGAGCCAGUCAUGAAGUGGACCAAGGCUGGCUGCAUCGACAAAGACAUCGAACAGAGCAAAGCGAAGCUGGAUCCAUUCCUGGGACCCAACGAUGCCAUCACUGCUAACUGUGCUAUCUGCUUAAAAGACACUGGUGCAUUCAUCGGCAUCGGUGGAUGCCAUCUUUAUCCCGGAGACCACGGCUGGCCCGAGGUGGGGUACAUGCUCCGAACUGAGACUUGGGGGCAGGGCAUCGCCACGGAAUUCCUGAGUGCUUGGCUUCAAUUCUGGUCAGAACUUCCUCGGGCUGAAAGAGAGAUCCAGGUUCAGAAGGAUAUGGUAGAUAGUGAAGGUGCAGUUGAGGAGCAGCUCAUUGCCAUCACGAAUAAGACGAAUGCUCCCAGUCAAAAAGUUCUUAUCAAGGCCGGUUUCCAGCGCUUCCGAGAGUUCACGGAAGUCGAUGAUUCCAAGACUGUAGAUCUUGUUGCUUUCCGCUUCUUUCCAUCGAAAGGAAUGAGAGCUGGUAGUGUUUGA